AUGUCUCAGUUCACAUAUCUCCUACGGUUCAAAGCAGAGGAUGGGAAAGUCUAUUAUGGCAAUCUCUUGAGGGAAAAGCCAAUCGCAGAUCUGAUUGGCUCAAAGGUUCCUGUGAUGGUCGGCGUCCCAAUAAAAGGCCUACAGCACACGGGGGAUUUUAAGAUCAUUCUCUGCCCUCUCGCGUCAGUACCAAUAUACCAAUGUAUCGGAGUCAACUACGAGCGGCAUGCACGCGAGACAAAUUUCAGCGUACCCAGCCAACCCAUCGUGUUCACCAAGCCAGCAGAUUCAGUGGCUGGGCCCUUCGACACGGUCUACGUCCACCCUGACGCACGUUCCCAACUCGACUAUGAGGGUGAACUGUGCUUUAUCUUUGGCCGUGACUGUAAAGACGUAUCCGAAGACGCCGCCCUCGACAACAUCCUUGGGUACUCCGUGGGCAACGACAUCUCUGCCCGCAACUACAUCCCCCAAGAGAUUUCAGGUUUCCAGAUGAGCUACGGGAAAUCCUUCGACGCGUUCGGACCAUUCGGGCCCUAUAUUGUGCAUCCAAACGCAGUGGGGGAUCCGCACAAGUUACAACUAGUUACCAAGGUUAAUGGCGAGGUUCGACAGAAUGAGAAUACUUCGGACAUGAUUUGGGAUAUCAAGAAAAUCAUCGUGCAUCUGACGCGAGGUCGAACGGUGCGAGCGGGGACUGUAUGCAUGACCGGAACCCCUUCUGGGGUGGGCUGGUUCAUGACACCGAACGGAUACGUUAAGGAUGGCGACGUGAUAGAGGUCACGAUAGAGAAACUUGGUACUAUCAGUAACAAGAUCAGAUUUCCGAGUGAAUAG